ACGGCACCGGAGCGACACCGGGAACGGCACCGGGAAUAGCACCGGAGCGAUACCGGGAACAUCACCGGGAACAGCACCGGAGUGACACCGGAGCGGUACCGGGAACAUCACCGGGAGCAGUCCGGUAGCGGCACCGGAGCGGUACCGGGACCAUGCUGCGUCUUCCGGCGCUGGUGCGGCUCGGGGUCUGCCGCCGGUACCGGGCCCGGUCGCUCUGCUCCGCGCCGCCCCCGCAGCCGGUGAUCGCCGCCAAGGAGCCGUUCCCGGUGGAGCUGCAGGCGGGGAAGAGCUACGGGUGGUGCUCGUGCGGGCACAGCAAGCGCCAGCCCUUCUGUGACGGUGCCCACAAGAAGGAGGCGCCGGGCUCGGCCCCGCUGCGCUUCAGCCCGGCCCGGGACGGCCCCGCGCUGCUCUGCGGCUGCAAACGCACCGGGAGCCCCCCGUACUGCGACGGGAGCCACAAACGGCCCGAGGUGCAGCGGGCCUGAACCCGCCCGGGCCACCGGGAGCACCGGGAGCGGCACCGGGAGCACCGGGAGCGGCACCGGGAGCACCGGGAGCACCGGGAGCAGAACCGGGAGCACCGGGAGCACCGGGAGCAGCACCGGGAGCACCGGGAGCGGCACCGGGAGCACCGGGAGCACCGGGAGAACCGGGAGCACCGGGAGCACCGGGAGCGGCACCGGGAGCACCGGGAGCACCGGGAGCACCGGGAGCAGCACCGGGGCUACUGGGAGCACCGGGAGCGGCACCGGGAGCACCGGGAGCAGCACCGGGAGCAGCACCGCGGAGCAGAGGCUCCAAACCCCAAUGAAAUCCGCUGUGGGGCGGGGAUUGGGACCCCAAAUCGGCCUCUGGACAAUGGGAUUGGCCCGAGGGGUUUGGGGUUGGAUUGAGGGAUUUGGGAUUGGAUUGAGGGGUUUGGGAUUAGAUAGAGGGGUUUGGGAUUGCCAGGAGGUGUGAGCACCCCUGGGACUGGGGAGCCUGUGGGGUUUGGGAUGGAGAGACCUGUGGGAUUUGGGCUCUGUGGGAUUUCUCAGGAGGCUCUGUGGGUUUUGGGCUCUGUGGGAUUUCUCAGGAGGCUCUGUGGGUUUUGGGCUCUGUGGGAUUUCUUAGGAGGCUCUGUGGGUUUUGGGCUCUGUGGGGUCUGGGCUCUGUGGGGUUUGUGCUCUGUGGGAUUUGGGCUCUGUGGGUUUUGGGCUCUGUGGGGUCUGGGCUCUGUGGGGUUUGUGCUCUGUGGGGUUUGGGCUCUGUGGGGUUUGUCAGGAGGCUCUGUGGGGUUUGGGCUCUGUGGGGUUUGGGCUCUGUGGGGUCUGGGCUCUGUGGGGUUUGGCUCUGUGGGGUCUGGGCUCUGUGGGGUCAGGGCUCUCUGGGGUUUGGGCUCUGUGGGGUUUGGGCUCUGUGGGGUUUGGGCUCUGUGGGGUCUGGGCUCUGUGGGGUUUCUCAGGACACUCUGGGCAGUCGCCCCUUCAGCGUUUGCUCAUUCCCAAAGCCAGACCUGAGGUUUCCAAAUGUUGAACCAAGGACAAAACCCAGAGAUUGGGAUUGUUCCCAGAGAUUGUGAUUGUUCCCAGAUAUUGGGAUUGUUCCCAGAGAUUGUGAUUGUUCCCAGAGAUUGGGAUUGUUCCCAGAGAUUGGGAUUGUUCCAGGACAUUAAACGUGAUCUGAACACA